AGAAAACUCAUCAGAUAAAGGCCAGCUUGAUCUUCUCUUUAUACAUGAACACAAUCCAUGGCUUCCACAAUCCAAUUUACCGGCACUCAUCUCCUCUUCUCUUCAAAACCCAUUAAUAAAUUUCCAUCGUCUUCACCUAGAUUGAGUUCCCAGUUUCUGGGUUUCCAGAACAAUUUCGCUUGGCUUAAACCCACUAGAAUUGGACCCUCCAAUGGGUCAAGAACACAGUGCUGGUUCAAGUUUGGGAAGAAUGGCGUUGAUGCUGAAAACGCCGGCAUUUAUGGCAGCCAGUCACGGGACGACUUCGACAGAGACGAUGUUGAGCAGUACUUCAACUACAUGGGAAUGCUUGCGGUAGAGGGCUCAUAUGAUAAGAUGGAAGCUCUUCUGAACCAAAACAUUCAUCCAGUAGACAUCUUACUUAUGUUGGCUGCCUCAGAAGGAGACAAGCCAAAGAUUGAAGAACUUUUGAGAGCUGGUGCUAAUUACACUGUCAAGGAUUCGGAUGGACGAACUGCACUUGAUAGAGCUGUUAGCGAAGACAUCAAGGAUUUGAUCCUUAACUUUUCAGCUCAGAAGGCAUGAUUGAAAUGGAUAAUACCUACCGAGAUCAUUUAUUUACACUUGGAGAUUUCAAGUACUACCAUCUUGUAAUUUGUAGGUUCUACUGAUGAAUGCUUAAUGUCUACAGUUGAUGUUGGAUUAGUAAAACAUGUUGUAAAAUCUUGAUUCAUAUACCAUUUAGAAGGUUCUCUGAAUUUCAGAACUUUUAUUGACAAGUGAAGAGUGUUGCUGAAGCA